AUGACGAAGGUGGGCAAGCCCAAGAUUGUGGAUUUGAAGAAACCCGAGUCGUUUACGAAGAUCACUUUUAAGCCUGAUUUGAGGCUGUUUGGUAUGGAGCAGCUGGACGAGGAUAUUCUGGGUGUCAUGCGGAGAAGAGUGUACGAUUUGUGCGGUACUGUUAGAAACGUGGCAGUUAGUUUGAAUGGCAAGAGACUCAAAGUUAAGGAUUUUAAGAGCUACGUGGAUAUGUUUGUUACAGCGCUGCAGGAGCAGGAGAAGGUCAAUUUGAAUGUUGUUAAUGAACGGGCAGGAACUCCUGUGCCCGAGGGUGGUGAGGAGAUUGGCAGGAUCUUGCCAGUGAUUCCUCUGGUUCCUGCUGGUCCUAAACCGACUGUAAUUUACGAGCGGAUUAAUGACAGAUGGGAAGUGGCUUUUGCUGUAUCUGACGGUAAUGCUUUUAACCAGGUGUCGUUUGUCAACUCUAUCGCCACUACUUCAGGCGGAACUCAUGUUAAUUAUGUGUCAGAUCAGAUUGCUAAUAAGAUUCUAGAACAUGUUAAGAAGAAGAACAAGAAUGCUCCUUUGAGACUGGCUCAGAUCAGAAAUAACAUGUUUGUAUUUAUCAACUGUUUGAUUGACAAUCCUGCUUUCACGUCACAAACCAAGGAACAACUGACCACCAAAAGUACUGCUUUUGGAUCCAAGUGUGUUAUUCCUGAGGAUUUCAUUAAAAAGGUGUUGAGAACGUCUAUUAUUGAGAGUGUUCAGGAUAUUGCUACUAGAAAUGCUGAUAAGGAACUGAGAAAGCAGGAUGGUGGCAAGAAGAAAAGACUGACUGGGUUUGUGAAGCUUGAAGAUGCCAACAAAGCUGGUACUAGAGAAAGUCAUAAAUGUACUUUGGUCUUGACUGAAGGUGAUUCAGCUAUGGCUCUGGCUGUAGCUGGUCUGGCUGUCGUGGGACGUGACUAUUAUGGAGUGUUCCCAUUGCGAGGUAAAUUGUUGAACGUGCGAGACGCUUCUCAUGACCAGAUUAUGAAGAACACGGAAAUCCAGGCUAUUAAACAGAUCAUGGGUUUGCAGCACAAAAAGCACUAUACCAGUACCGAGGGACUUCGAUAUGGUCAUAUUAUGAUCAUGACUGAUCAGGAUCACGAUGGUAGUCAUAUCAAAGGUUUGAUUAUCAACUUUUUGGACUCGUCGUUCCCCGGACUUUUGUCGAUUCCCGGGUUUUUGGUUGAGUUUAUUACUCCUAUUGUCAAAGUGUCGAUUUUGAGAGGCAAAAAAGUGAUCAAGGUGAUUCCGUUUUAUACCAUGCCUCAAUAUGAAGAGUGGAGAGACACCGAGGGUAAAACUUGUAUUUGGAAACAAAAGUACUAUAAGGGUCUGGGUACGUCUGAACCUAAUACUGAAGGUAGAGAGUAUUUCACACAGCUCGACAAGCACUUGAAAACGUUUGAUAGCUUAAAGGAAGAGGAUAAACCACUUAUUGAGCUUGCUUUUGGUAAGAAGAAAGCCGAUGCUCGUAAAGACUGGUUGCGUGCCUUUAAGCCUGGUACACAUCUGGACCCGGAUCUUGACGAUAUUCCUAUUGGUGACUUUAUUAACAAGGAGUUGAUUUUGUUUUCAAUGGCCGAUAAUAUUCGAUCUAUCCCGUCUCUCAUGGAUGGAUUCAAGCCCGGUCAGCGUAAGAUUCUGUACGGUUGUUUCAAGCGUAACUUGGUCAACGAAAUCAAAGUAGCUCAAUUGGGUGGUUAUGUAUCAGAAAACACUGGUUACCACCACGGAGAACAGUCGCUGUACCAAACCAUUGUUGGUCUUGCGCAAGAUUUUGUUGGUUCCAAUAACAUUUAUUUCCUGAUGCCCAACGGAAGUUUUGGAUCUCGUGCCAUGGGUGGAAAAGAUGCUUCGGCACCUCGUUAUAUUUUCACCGAGUUGAACUCUUUAACGAGAAAAAUCUUCCAUCCUCAAGAUGAUCCCUUGUACAAGUACAUGGAAGACGAUGAUUCUACUGUCGAGCCUGAAUGGUAUGCACCGAUUAUCCCCACAGUUUUGGUCAAUGGCGGUGAAGGUAUUGGUACUGGAUGGAGUACCAAUAUCCCAUGUUAUAAUCCCGAGGAUCUGGUCAAGAAUAUUCGUCUACUCAUGAACGGCGAAGAUCUCGAGCCUAUGACUCCUUGGUUUAGAGGCUGGACCGGUACUUUGGAGAGAAUAGCUGCUGACAAGUUCAAGGUGUCUGGUACUAUUGAGCAAAUCGACGAUAACACAGUGGAAAUCACUGAACUUCCAAUCAAGAUGUGGACUCACACCAUGAAAGAGUUUUUGUUAGAAUCGAUUGUCAAGUCUCGUGGAGAGGAAACUGGUAAAGAGUUUAUUGAAGACAUGACAGAAGAACACGGCACAGGAAUCAAGUUUGUGGUGACACUUAGCCGUGAGCAAAUGGAACGAAGUCUCAGAGAGGGUCUAGAGAAUAGAUUCAAACUUCAAACCACUCUUAGUUUGGGUAACAUGGUGCUGUUUGAUCCUCAAGGACGUCUUAAGAAAUAUGAUACCCCCGAGCAAAUCUUGACCGAGUUCUACUACGUUCGUCUUGAACUGUACCAGAAACGUAAAGAUCACAUGUCGAAUCAACUUCAGAACCAGCUGGAGAAGAUUUCUCAGCAAGCUCGAUUCAUUAAACUCAUCAUUGAAAAGAGACUGACAGUGUCUAAUCGACGAAGAUCCGAACUUAUUGCCGAGUUAGAAGACCUCAAGUUCCCAAGAUUCGGUAAAGACGGUGUUCCCGUGUUUGACGUUGAUCCAGAGGAGGCCACACAGAUCUCCAUGGUUCUCGAUGAGAUUGAGGAAGACGAAGCAGCAGCUGCUGCCGUUGCAGAUGCUAACAAACCCUCGUUAGCCAAUUACGACUAUCUCCUAGGAAUGGCUAUCUGGUCUCUUACCAGAGAAAGAUACGAAAAGCUGUUGAAACAACGAGACGAGAAGGAAGAGGAGUUGAAGAAACUGCUUAAACUGUCAGCCAAAGAUCUGUGGAAUAUCGAUUUGGAUGCGUUCCUUGAAGGAUGGGAGCAGUUCUACGAAGAUGAUAAAGAGAAGCGAGAGUCGAUGAUUCCCGAGAGAAAGGGCAAGAGAAAGCCUACUAAACGAAAGGCCAAGGCCAAGGCAUCUGUUGUUAACGACGACGAAGAACUCGGUGACGGCGAUUUCCUGCCUAAAGAGCUCACUGGACGAGGACAAACUGCCAAAUCCAAGACCACUGUCAAGACUGCUGCCAAAACAAGCAAACCAUCAGCCACUGUCAAAGACGAGGAUAAGCUUGUUCAAACCAAAAUCGGAGUUAAAACACCUGUUCUCGCUGAACCAACAGCAGCAACGACAUCUCCCAAAGCUGGCGGGAUCUUUGGUAAAGGCAUUUUCGGAUCACCCAUUAAAAAAGACCAAUACCAAGUCGAUGCGGACGAGCUGAUGAACUCAUUUGUGGGUAAUAACUCGAAAUUCGAGUUCGGCUCGCCUGCCACCACGACCAAGACCUCGUCCAUCUUCUCCCUCGACGACGACGAUGACGACGAGUUCUCGCCUCCUCCAAAGGCCGCUCCAAAAGCUGCUGCUGCCAAGCCAGCCGCCAAACCUGCUACAAAAGCAGCUUCAAAACCAAAAGCAGCAUCCAAACCAGCAGCCAAACCCAAAGCUCCAGUCAAGUCUGUUUCUGACGACGAGUCAGACCACGACGAGAUCAUCCCACGAGCAGCAGCCAGGCCGUCUCGCAACGCCACCAAGAAAACCACCUACGUCCUCGAUGACAGCAUGCUUGUCGACGAAGACGACGACGACGAGGCCAUGCUCGACUCCGAGCCCAGCGCUUUCAUCUCCGAGGACGAGUUCGAGUAA